AUGACUACUGGUGGCAUCGACGAGUCGCUACCUCGACCUUCUCCCAGUCGAUUUGGUUCAUCAGAUCAUGCGUUGGAUGGCCUACUUGCGACUUGGAUCCCUGGCGUCCAGUGGGUGACCAUCAUUGUUGGCGCUUAG